AAGAGUAAAACUUAACUAACGUAGUAACUUUUGACUAACAACAGAAAUAUGUUGUCGGCAUGAGUUGGUGUCUAUAAAAAGGUGAAUCGCCAGGUGAACUGAAACCUGCGUUGCAGAAAUCAAUAUUACUAUAACUGUUGUGUGUCAGGUUUUUGAACUGCCAUGGCUGAAAUGUUAGAAUCAAGUAGAAAAGCUGUGAAUGGGAGAGAGGGGUAUCUUAAAAGGGAAGAAGAAGAAGAAGAUGAGUUGGCUUUUUGCAUGGAAAAGACGGUUGCUUUUGUGGUUCCAAUGGCUUUGAAAACAUUGUCUGAGCUGAGGGUGUUUGAUAUCUUAGCCAAAGGUGGCAAACUCUGUGCGAAUGAGAUCGCAGUUGAGAUAGGAAGCAAGAACCCUGAAGCUCCUGCAAUGUUGGAUCGUCUUCUUAGCCUUUUGGUGAGUCACUCUCUGCUAUCUUGUUCUAUCUCUCAACAAGAACAACACCCUCAGAAGUUCUACACCCUCUCUCCUGCUUCCAAAUAUUUUGUCACUGAUCCUCAAGGUGCAUCAUUGGGAUCCUCCGUCAAAUUACUUCUGGACGACAUCUUCUUGAAAAGCUGGGGCGAACUGAAAGGAGCAAUCCUAGAAGGGGGUGUGGCAUUCGACAGGGCCCAUGGCAUGCAUGCCUUCGAAUAUCCACGUGUGGAUCCCAGGUUUAACGAGGUUUUCAACAACGGUAUGAUAGGCCUCACCACUAUAAUUAUGAAGAGGAUUCUUGAGUUAUACAACGGUUUUGAGCAUGUCACCAGGCUCGUCGACGUUGGUGGAGGUUAUGGAGUCAACCUCAAAUUGAUCAAAUCCAAAUACCCUCACAUUCAGGCUAUUAAUUUUGACUUGCCUCAUGUGGUGGAAAAUGCCCCUCUCCAUUCAGGUGUGGAGCAUGUGGGAGGAGACAUGUUUGAAAGCGUUCCUUCAGGAGAUGCCAUUUUUAUGAAGUGGGUACUUCAUGAUUGGAGUGAUGAACAUUGCGUGAAGCUGUUGAAGAAUUGCUACAAAGGGAUUCCUGAUGAUGGAAAGGUUAUUGUGGUGGACUCAAUUGUGUCGAUGGUGCCGGAGACAAGUGUUACUGCUAAGGGUGCUUUGGGAUCUGAUCUCAUAAUGAUGACUCAAAACCCAGGAGGGAAAGAGCGAACACGUCAACAAAUCAUAGAAUUGGCAGAAGCAUCUGGGUUUAGUGGGAUCAGAUUCAUAUGCUCUGUAUGUGGCAACUGGGUUAUGGAAUUCUACAAGUAA